CUAAGGUGUUAACGCUUAUUUUCGAGAACCUGUUAGCGAAAAGGUUACCUCUAGAUCAUCCAUAUAUGUCAUAAAACAUUAGGCUCCUAUUUCGGAAAUCAGAUGCAUCAGAUGACCUCACAUGUAUUCAAUGUUCUGGAUUGGCUUUUUUUUAAAUAUGACAACCACCUGACAGACUAAACCCCAGCAAAUGAUUCCAUCCAUAAAAGUCUAACGGCAUAUUCAACGGACUGCCCUUACCAUCCAUCGGUGCAACCGCAGGCGUGCAGGCGAAGUGCAGGACGCACGGUGUCUCCAAUUUCAUACGGCACCCGGAUUCGGUUCUUUCGAACAUUGCGCCAAAAAAACAAUGCGCUCACUCACUAACCGGCUAAACCGAUAAGAGAACAGCGUGCCUUCGGUGACAUAAUGGUGGUCCCCUACCGACAGUGCCAUGCUGGAUUGCGUCUACACUGUUCUAGCGUACCAGUACCGGUCGCCUUGGUAACGAGGAUUUUCUGUCGCGAGCUGUUCCGGGGAUCGUAUUGCAGAAGCACCUUUUCGCCGAAUUUCCCUCCGAAAAUUACUGUCCCCUUCCCGGAUCGGUGGCCAAACGUUGGAUCACAUUACCUCGCGCAUGUUUUUCGGUGAUUUUCGGGUUCGGGAACUGACGCACAAGGCCCCCGGGGGCCGGUGGCCCCAAGAAACGGCCAGUUCUGGAGCGCCGGAGCGCAGUGCAGGUCCAAGCGACACAUUCGACGCGGUUCUAAGGCUUCCGUUCCUAUGGCGAACCGUCGUGCAGCGGCGUAACUGCGCUUGGCUUUGAUGGCAUCCGGGGGGAGGGGGCUAUCUUCGCUAGACGCACCCGAGCCACCCCUCCCCCCGGGGGAGGAAGGGGGACAUUAUAAUCGUAGCGAGUCAUUUACACUAAUGGCCGUGCUGGAGGUAUCCGUUUCCAGGAACCCUCUGUCUGCUGGCGUGAUAGGAGCGCUUAGGUGUACCCAGUCCAGUACCGUCCAGCGGUGUCAGUCUGCAGGUGAUCGUCCCAGGCAUCGGUGCUCAUCACGGUGGCUCACCAGUGCAGAACAGGACCGUGCAGGACCUGGUACCAAAAAGGGGUCUAAAUCGCAGAUCUAAACCUCGCCUCGCGGCUGCAAUCGGUGCCACGAUCCUAGAAUCGAAAGUGAAGUGCGUCGUAGCGGGCUUAAGUGGACAUAAUUGACCUUAAUAUAGACGAAUAAUCCGGCCUACGAGCACGAUGAGCCAGUGGCAGUGAGUCUGCAGCAGUCGGAAGCGUCUUUCAGCACCCCAGCACCGGCAUCGAGAGUCGCACCGGCAGACGAACAGGAAACCCGGCCAAACGGAACGGAACGUAGCAGCAGCAGCAACAACGAAACAACGGGCGAGAUGAAGCUGAUGAAGAACAUCCAGAAGGUGCAGCGCGAUAAGUGGGGUAAGGAUAUCGAGUUUCUGCUGUCCUGCAUCGCCCUAUCGGUCGGGCUGGGCAAUGUCUGGCGCUUCCCGUUUACGGCAUUGGAGAACGGGGGCGGUGCGUUCGUCAUCCCAUACCUGAUCGUGCUGCUACUCGUUGGGCGUCCGAUCUACUACCUCGAGAUGCUCGUGAGCCAGUUCUCGAGCCGGGGCUGCAUCAACGUGUACGAUGCUUCGCCAGCGAUGCGCGGUAUCGGUGUCGGUCAGACCUACUCCACGUUCAUCGUGAUGACGUACUACGCGUCGCUGAUGGCCGUCACCAUGCGCUACCUGAUCGCAUCGUUCGGUGAUCCCCUGCCGUGGAGCGAGUGCAACGAUGCCUGGAAUGCCACCUGUAUCGAUUCGCGGCUCAUCACCAACCUAGCGGACAACACGUCGACCCUGACCACCGCUGUGACGUCGGCCGAGCUCUACUUUGUCAAAGACGUACUAAAGGAGGCCACCAGUAUACACGACGGUAUCGGGAUACCCGACUGGCGGUUGGUGCUUUGCCUGCUCGUACCAUGGACCUGCAUCUGCCUGACGCUGAUCAAAGGUAUCAAAAGCUCGGGUAAGGUAGCAUACUUUCUGGCCAUUUUCCCGUACGUCGUGAUGCUGGUGUUGCUGAUACGUGCCUGUACGCUGGAGGGUGCGGGCGAUGGUAUGCUGUACUUUAUCAAGCCCCAGUGGGACCGUAUACUGGAGGCGAAGGUGUGGUACGCGGCUGUGACGCAAGUGUUCUUCUCGCUCACGAUCUGCUUCGGCAACGUGAUGAUGUACUCGUCAUACAAUCGCUUCACCAACAAUGUCUAUCGAGAUGUGACGAUCGUGUCGGUGAUGGACACGUUAACGUCUAUGUUGGCCGGAUUGAUCGUAUUCGGAGUGAUCGGCCACUUGGCCCACGUGCUCGAUGCACCCAACAUCCAGCAGGUCGUACGAGGUGGUACAGGGUUGGCCUUCAUCACCUACCCCGAUGCGAUCGCCAAGUUUUCCUUCUGGCCGCAGUUCUUUGCGAUCGCCUUCUUCCUGAUGCUGUUCGUGCUCGGUAUAGGUAGCAAUGUCGGUAUGGCCACCACGAUCAUGACGGUGAUCCGGGAUCGGUUUCCGGGUCUGCAGCCGGCCCUGGUGGCGAUCGGUAUCGCGAUCGUUGGCUUCUCGAUCGGUGUCAUCUACACAACGCCCGGUGGUCAGUAUUUGCUGGAUUUUCUCGACUUCUACGGUGCCUCAUUCGUGGCGCUCGUGCUGGCAGUGUUCGAGAUGUUCACCUUCUCGUGGAUCUAUGGUGUGAGCCGUAUCUGCCGCGAUAUCGAGUUUAUGCUCGGCAUCAAGACCGGACUGUACUGGCGCAUCUGCUGGGGAUUCAUUACGCCGGCCAUGCUGACCGCCAUUUUGCUCUACCACAUUGCCACGUACGAAACGUUCACCUUCAAUGGAUACGUAUACCCGGAUGGAAUGUAUGCCUUCGGUUGGUGCAUCUUUGCGGCCGGUGUGCUACAGCUACCGGCCUGGGCCAUCUAUACCUUCCUGAAGCGCAAGGAACCGGACUGGAAGGAUCGGCUCGUGCACUGCUUCCGACCGACGCACGACUGGGGACCGGAAGAUCCUGAGCUGAACGCCAAGUAUCACGAGUCCGUGUACAAAGACGAACAAUCACUGCCACGCGAUCGUUCUAUCGCUCGGCGCGUCUACGAUAAUGUUUUCAGUUGAAGCAGCAUCGGUUGUUGGUAAACAUGCCGCAAAUGACGGUAAUCUAGCGAUGCUCUUGCGAUAGGAAGAUUAGUUAAACAAAUAAAGCAACGCGAAGCUGCCCCAUUGUCACGCCAGUAAUUAAAAGGGCGAACCGUUAGUCGCCAGAGUGGAGCAUUGCGGCUCUGAUUAACUUUACCAUACUAGGCUAAGCAAGUGCGUCGAUUCGCUUACGAUUCGUAGAAUUUAACAACUGCCUUUGACGCAUAAAUAAUGGCGCGGUUAAAUGAUAUUUAAGGCAAAUAUACUACACACAAUGAUAUUUCGA